AUGCUGCUCCCGACAACUACCACCACGGCCACUGGCACGACCACCACUACCACCACCACCACCAACAACAACAACAACAACAACAUCGACAACACCAACACCAGCGCCAACACCAGCACCCAUCCUGACAGGCCGAAGCCAGCUGAGCCCGGCAUGUGGUUGACGUGCUCCAGCCUUGGCAAGUGUGGGCGUAAAGACUUGAGACCCUGGGAGACAGCCCCGACAACCCUUGCAACACAGGUGGAGAAGGAUUUCUCAUCGCUGCCAGGGAUUCCAGAUGAUGUGUACGAGCCAGUGAGAAAGUAUUGGGAGUCUUCGCCGCCAGCCUUUCGUGGGGCGCCAGUGUUGCUUGAGGACCUUGCGUCUUUCACUACGGAUUUGCUGCGCAGCGACCCAUUCCAGACAGGUGACGACGUGCCCGUGUUGGAUUUCAACAGCGCCCGCGAGGGGGGUGCCGUUGCCAUCUCACAGCGUCAGCUUGCCUUUCUGGUAGCUAACGCGGUAAUGGGCAAUCGUAUAGACAAGGAGGAUGGCCUCACCCUGAUGCUGGCCCGCUGCUCCGACAGCGGAUUCAGCGAAUGGAUCUACUCCCUGCUCUCUCUGCUGGCCGUCCUGUCCCGCGAGCUGCGCUCUGGCGAGCACGGGAGACUGCUUGUGGCGGCCACGCCUCGUACCCUGCUAGAGGGGGACGACUGGCGCGGCAAGCUGCAGAACAGCACCCUGGGAGAGCCUGCCCUCUGCGUGCGGGAAGGUAACGCCACAGGCUGCGACCUGGCAGACUUCAUGGCAGGGAACCCUGGGCAGGCGCUGACGGACAUCGCGGGUGGCGUCGUGGGCGGAGGGGCAGCUCUUUGCAGCACUGCCGACAGCCAGGACGAAUCCUUGGUCCAGUUUUAUCCAGAGGUGCUGGCCUUUUCAUUCUUUGUGGACCCCAACGCUUCCGCAGAUAAAAUGGGCAUGCUCCCGGUCCCGUGGACCUUGCUGGGUGCUCGGAGGUACAUGGGCGAUAUCACAGGACAACGCGUGGAUGCCGCAUCGGCGAUAUCCCAUGGUAAUUGUGGGAGGAUAAGGGAAAAAGACUGGCUCAACGAAGACAUAGUGCAGGAGACGGAGGAGGUUGUAGUUGCGGGCAAGACUGCAGAGCUCUACAGCAGCGCCUUUGUAGCGGUCCAGAGCGUCUGCUCAUCUUGCCGUUCCGGACAGGAUUGUAAUUGGCAUGAUAAUCUGAACAAUUUUUGUGACAGUCAACGUCGCCAUCUUGACGAGGACCUUUCGAAAUGGUAUCAGGCAUUCGAACAGUAUGCGUACCCAGAGGAGGUUCAGCAGGCUUUUUCAAAAGUUGUGAAGCGAAUCGGCACUGGGCCAUGGGGGGCUGGCGUAUGGGGAGGUGACAGCCAGCAGUACUUUCUUGCCGUCUGGCUCGCGACAAGUCUUCUGAGUUCAGGAACCCUGGAUUAUUACAUGUAUUCGAACUUCUGUGAAAAUCCAGGUAAUCAGUGCUUUGUUCUAGGAGGAGACGAGUGCAAACAGUGCGUUGCUGACAGUGGUGUGUCGGAUCUCGACGCCGAACGGUGUGGAUCUCAAAGUGUGUAUGCCAUUGUCGACAUGUUCAAGAACCAGCCAGCUCAGGACCUAUACGAUGCUCUCAGCGGAGUUGGUGGGCCGCCCGACCAGGUCUUUGACGCAGUUGGCAGAUAA